AUGCCUGGCGAAAACAGCAACAGGGAGUUGACUCGCCGGCAUCGUUCAACACUCUCACUGCAGAAGACGGAUAUUGUUAUUCAUGUCUAUGACCUGCUUCCGCCCGGCAGGCUAUCGUCGAUCCUUUGGACGUUCGGUGCAUCGCUGCUCCAUUCAGGCGUCGUCAUCGGCGGCCGCGAAUACGCAUACGGCGGCCACGACAAGCGCAAUGCCACCGGCGUGUACUGGACGAAACCGAAAACGGAGCCACCUGGUGGCACGUUUCGGUGCGAGAUACUCCACGGGUUCACUCUAGCGGCCGACGAGGAAAUUGACGCGAGCAUUCGACAGGCAUCCGACGAGUUCCUCGGGACAUCUUAUAACCUUCUCACAAGAAACUGCAAUCAUUUCACAUCAUACCUCUGUAAGAAACUUACGGGCAAACAAGGUCCCGGAUGGCUGAACCGCGCCGCUAGCAUCGGCGUUGCCUUGCCCUGUGUCGUGCCCCGAGGGUGGAUUGAGCCGCCCGAGUGUGAACAGGCCGAUGGCGAACUUGCCGAUGAGGAUGGGGAGCAUGAGGAUGAGAAUUCUCACAUGCUCGAGCAGUCUCGGCUGCAUUUCCUUUCCAAUGGUGUACGAGUGCUCGCGCAUUCGAGUGUCAAUGACGCUGAGUGGAGCGGAGAAGAGCAAUCCAGGCUGCAUGGAGAUGGCAGCAGGAAGGGAAAGCAAGUCUUGCGAGAUGGUACUGGGCGACAACGUCCUCCCGCCGAACGAGUCCAACGACGAUAA